CGGGCUCCGUUGUACAAUGGAUAGAGAUGCAUGGAUUUCUCUUUCGCACUUCCCUUACAUCUGGGCGACACGUUUUUGUGUCUGACACGCCACGAUAUCGAGAAAGCAACGGUGAACUUUUAAUGGAUGCAGAUCAGAAUAAUGUCUCACAAUGCGAGGCCCAUGGAAGACCAUCACCGACGCAGAAACUUCCCAAGUGCCCUCGGGAUCGCCGCCCGAAAAUACGCCCGUGGUACAUCUGCUCGGUCAGGACGAGCAAGGCAUGGAUUUAUGGUUCACCGGCCCAACAAAGGUUGCUGCCACAACGGAUACCGAGCUAGCUUCUGCAGCCUGUCGAGCGAUGGACGGCCUGAUCAACAAUGUCAGCCCAAGGAGGAAAUCGACGUGGUUUCAUGCCACAGAGAGCCCCACGAUGCAGCUGUCUGUGUGGAGGAGAGGCCAAUCGCAAUAUUGGUUGACGUCAGAGUCUGCGGGACCCUUUGUUUGGGGUAGCAUGCUGAAGAGGUUAGAGCACAGAUGGCCGAGUCGGAAUACGAACAAAGGCCCAAUCACAUUCAUCGCCCUCCCGUCAGCUGGAAACAACUUUCUCCCCCCCAAUGAUGAACCCGAGAACCGUGCUGGUGUUACGUUGCUGGUCACGGAUGCGUCGAUGGGACAUGACGGCAUUCCAAUUGGGGCAUCCUUUCGGAUUACAGCGCGGAUCGCCUCAACCCACAGGGGACUCCCCGCACAUCAACCCACUGUAACCUCCCACCCACAGGGCCUCGGACCUGUGACUAGUCGCUAGCGGAUUCGCCUCAGUGGUCCGGAGGUGGCGAUCUUCCCUUUUCCCCACACUUCCCGCCGUUGACCGCACCGCUCCUCCCUUCUCUCAGCUCCACCUCCAUCGUCAUUCACCGUGUCACGCAGUUGCACAGGACGACCGGCUCCGAUUUAAG